UAUCGAGAUGUCUGCUUAAUACAUUCCAAAUGCAAAUUAUCCAAAGUAAGUUCUGUUCCUAACACAGCUUAUCCUUUUGCCAUUGGACCAAGAUGCCAUUUUGCUCCUGAGUGUCCUCAGUAGUGACUGUGCCUUUCCGGAUAAUACAGGUUCAGUCCAGAAAAUUAACUUGUCCGUGGUCAUCCGGUUGUUAAAAGUCAAGUGAACAUCUAGACACAAGCUUUGAACAAAAUUUUACAGCCUACCCACAUAAUAAAAGAAAUUUCAAGGAAGACACUAGAAGAGAUGUCAGAAGAUUCAGAAGAAGAUGACUAUUCAGAUAGAAGUAUCAGUGAUGACGAUGAGCUGGAUGAGGAUUCAUUCAUGAAAUUUGUAAGUGAUGAUAUUCAUCAGUGUACACUACUAGCAGCUGAUUCUAUUGGUGACCCAUUCUUCCCUCGGACUACACAGAUUUUAUUGGAGUAUCAGCUAGGAAGAUGGGUACCACGCCUUCGAGAACCACGAGAUUUAUAUGGUGUCUCUUCUUCUGGUCCACUGAGCCCAACACGGUGGCCAUACCACUGUGAGGUCAUUGAUGAAAAAGUCCAGCAUAUUGAGUGGACUCCUUUUGUUCCUGAGCCAGUAUAUAUCCCAACAGGCCUGGAAAUAGAACCUGUUUACCCAAACUCCAAGGAAGAUACUGUGGUUUAUCUAGCUGAAGAUGCUUACAAAGAGCCCUGUUUUGUGUAUUCCCGAGUUGGGGGUAACCGAACAUCCUUGAAACAACCUGUGGAUAACUGUGACAACACGUUGGUGUUUGAAGCAAGGUUUGAGAGUGGUAAUCUACAGAAGGUAGUCAAAGUUGCAGAUUAUGAAUACGAGUUGACUGUGCGCCCAGACCUCUUCACAAAUAAGCACACUCAGUGGUACUAUUUCCAGGUUACUAAUACCCAAGCAGAAAUAGUCUACAGAUUCACUAUUGUCAACUUUACCAAGCCUGCUAGUCUUUACAAUCGGGGUAUGAGGCCACUCUUCUAUUCUGAAAAAGAGGCCAAAACCCAUAACAUUGGCUGGCAAAGAAUAGGAGACCAAAUCAAGUAUUAUAAAAAUAAUCUUGGGCAAGAUGGGCGCCAUUUUUUUUCUCUUACAUGGACGUUUCAGUUUCCACAUAGCAAGGAUACUUGCUACUUUGCUCACUGCUAUCCAUACACUUACUCCAACCUUCAAGAAUACCUUUCUGGCAUCAACAGUGACCCAGUAAGAUCAAAGUUUUGUAAAAUACGUGUCUUGUGUCACACACUUGCUAGGAAUAUGGUGUAUGUCUUGACAAUAACUACUCCCUUAAAGAGUAGUGAAUCAAAGCGCAAGGCUGUGAUUUUGACUGCAAGGGUCCAUCCAGGAGAAACCAACAGCUCUUGGAUCAUGAAAGGCUUCCUAGAUUAUAUUUUAGGAGACUCAAGUGAUGCACGCUUGCUUCGGGACACUUUCAUCUUCAAGGUGGUACCCAUGCUGAAUCCAGAUGGCGUGAUUGUGGGAAAUUAUCGAUGUUCCUUAGCUGGACGGGAUUUAAACCGUAAUUACACAUCUCUCCUGAAGGAGUCUUUCCCUUCUGUUUGGUAUACAAGGAACAUGAUCAAUAGGUUAAUGGAAAAACGGGAGGUUAUUUUAUAUUGUGAUCUUCAUGGCCACAGUAGGAAACAGAACAUCUUCAUGUAUGGUUGUGAUGGUAGCAGCAGAUCCAAAACGAAAGGAUUAUACUUACAGCAACGGAUCUUCCCACUCAUGCUAAGCAAAAAUUGCCCAAAUAUAUUUUCCUUCUCAGCUUGCAAGUUUAACGUUCAGAAGAGCAAAGAAGGGACAGGAAGGGUUGUAAUGUGGAAGAUGGGCAUCAGGAACAGCUUCACACUGGAGGCCACCUUCUGUGGAUCUACUCUGGGUAAUAAACGAGGCACUCAUUUUAGCACGAAAGACUUAGAGUCGAUAGGAUAUCAUUUUUGUGAUUCUCUAUUGGACUACUGUGAUCCUGACCGGAGCAAAUAUUAUCAGUGCCUGAAAGAAUUAGAAGAAAUGGAAAAACAUAUGAACUUCGACAGAGCCUUUGAUGAUUCAGAUUCUCUAGUAGAAAUUUCUUUGGAUGUAGAGUCUAGUAGUCGAGGCUCUGACAGCUCAGAGUCCAAUGAUACUCAGACUUAUCUUCUCAAGGUGACCUCUCAGGAAAGAAACAAGAAAAAGUAUCUGAAAACAAAGGGGCAAAGAAAUGCCAUCCUAGCAAACUGCCAGAAUAGCACACAAGAGGUUUAUGGCAAAGAACUUUUACUCCAAAGACAUGAAGAAUCAAAUUCUGAUGGGAAAGAUCUAAGGCCAAAUGUACCAGAUAUUUAUGUGGCUCACUGUUUCAGAAGAUCAUUGCCUAACCAAGGCUUGGUGAAAAUUCCUAGACAAAGGUUUUAUCCCCGAAAAACACAGUCCAGCUCCCGACAUAUGAUUAAAAGUCUUAACAAAGACCAUCGGACAUAUAUUUUAGAAACUUGUAAGAAUCCAAUCCAGGAAGUUCAGUCCAGAGGAAUCGAUAUAUAUGAAAGUUGUUUCAAAGUGGCAUCCUUGAAAUGUCCUAUGAACAAAAAACCUUCAAAUUGGACUGAAAACAUAAGGAUACCAACAGAGUCACAUCACCAAUUGAAAAGCAAAGCAAAACAAUGCACAUCUUUCCAAAGCAAGAGGACUGGCACGAAUUGGACAGAUGAUGAGAAACGAAUUUACAGGGAUAAAAGAAUAGCACGGACUCAGGAAAUAUUACAGUAUUUACUCCCUAUCGUGGAGUCCUCUCAAAACAUAAGAUCUACUCAAAUGAAUGAUCUAGUCAAUCCGAGAGCCGACCUCCAACAUCAACUUAUUCCAACUGCUUGUAUAAAUAGAAGAAGAUACAGCACACCUUGGACACCAACCAGAAACCUCCCUUUUAAAACCCAAAGGAAUCUUAUGACACACACCUCCAAAUGGCUCCAGUCUGUACCCCAGGGGUCAUUUGAAAGCUUGUCACCUCUCUGCAAUCUUCAGAAGAGGACAAAACAUUUUGAAUUCUGGACCAAAAAGGCUAAGGAUGUGCAGCUCGCCACCAGCAAAUGGAAGACUGUGCCCUCAAGUUCUAACAUGGAUGCAAAUAUCAGGGGUAACGGUCUUCUUCAGCCUAGAGAGCCCACCAUGAGGAGUUCUGAGCAGAGAAUUCCUUACCUAACCAAAAGCAGCAAGGAACCCAGUGAGACUGAUGUCCCACUCACCUUCCAGCUCAAGUUCCACAGGAACCAUUAGCUGGGCUGAAAGGUCCUCCAAGAACUCUGGCUGAGGAAGAUGUGCAGCCCCCUCCCAAGCCUUCCCCUCCCCCUUCACAUGCAUGGGUGGCUAUUGUACUACUGAGUUUUACUAAUCCCAACUUCCUUAGAGGAAACAUCUUUCAGAGAUUUUAAAAAUCCAGAGAAAAUAUAGAAAAGCUUAAAACACAUAUUUAAUUUGUAUCAACAUGGGAAAGAGCUCGAAACUUUUGAAACGUUUGAUUUCUUCCAAAUUAUGUCUGCAUAUAAUGCCCAAAAAUUCAGACUUCAAGAAAGGAAAGGCAUGCACUAUUAAUGAUUUUAGUCUAUUAGUCACUUUGAUGAGUAGGCAGCCAAUAUCAUUUCCUGCAUUUCUUUUAUAUAGUAGUUGUACUAGAAAGCACAGGAAAAAUAAAAUUAUUUCUCACCCUAAAAGAUCAUCAUAUAAUUGUUCCUGUGAAUAUACUUGCAAGCUGGGCAUGAUGGCAUAUACUAGCAAUCCCAGAACUUGGGAGGAGGAGGCAGAAGGAUCAGGGACUCGAAAUUAGCUUAGGCAACAUUUAAAAACAAGAUAAUAAGUCCUAAUACUACCUGACUAGGAAUGCAUAGUACAACACUAAUUUGUGUACCUCUGGGUGAUAAAAUAGCACAUAUUAAAAGACACUACUUGCACAGACCACAAAAGAUGAAACCAAAUGACAUGGAAAUACAUUAUGGUUCCAAAGUCAUUUUACCACUCAUAAUUAAGCAAUGUUAGAAGUCCUAAUUCUUCCAGAGUCAGCGAAGACACACCUACAGCCAUUUCUUCAAGGGGAUACUCAGGAACAAGUCCUACACCUCAUAUUUGUCAUAAGGUGGUGAGCACUUGGGCCCCGGGGGGUGCAAGCUACAAUCCCAUCUGCAUAGGAGCCUGACUCAGGAAGAUCACAAGUUCAACGCUUGCCUGGGCUACAGUGUGAGUUCAAGAGCUGCCUCAGCGACUUAAUGGAAUUUUGUCUCUAACCAAAAGGCUAAACAAAGAGGAGGGAAAUUGAGCCUGUAGCUCAGUGAGAGAACUACAUGCCUAGUGUGGGAAAGUCCUAGUUCACACUUCAGGAUCACACAAAUAAAACUACAGGGAGCUCGAGGAGGGGAUCCUGCAGCAUGUGCUAAGGAGUGAGUGUAGGCGCCGGUUCUCAAAGAGCUCUCUAGGUUUCUCACUAAAAAUUCUCACAUUGGUAACUAACACCAUGGUAAAGUACAAGCUCUCAAAAGCCUCUUGUCCUUGCUCUCAUAAAUUGAGGAAAACCUAAACUUGGUGGAAAUCUAAGUUGUUAAAUGGACACUUGCUAUAUAAAACUUCAAUUGUAUAAAAGUUG